AUGGGCGAAUAUUUCAGGGUCCGCUCGGUAGAAGGUCUUAGACAGUCGGCUUCUGAGCCCACCGAUCAAGACCAAAACCUUAGAAGCUACUUCAAAUGGUUAAAAGUUGUUGGCAAAGGCAAAGAAUCCUCAACCAUCUCCAACCUUUCCCUUUCUCAAUCAGACCAUCUCUGUUCUAUUUCGUUUGGAACAAAAGUUAAGUUUUAUGACUAUGAAGAACAGCUGUUUUGUUAUACUUAUAACUCUUCCAAGAGCUUUGUACGCUGCGCUUCCUUCCGCUCUGACUCGAAGCUCGCAGCCGUUUCCGACGACUCUGGAAAUGUUGAUGUCGUAGCACUAGAGUUGAAAAGCUUGCUUCGACGUUUCAGAGCCCACGAAGGCGCUUGUCACUGCCACUCCUUCUCGUACGAUAAACUGAGUCUGUUGUCAGGAGGUGACGACUCUGCCGUUAAGCUCUGGGACGUUGCCCAGGAAACCUGCUCACUAACACUCGACGGACAUACAGACAGAGUACGCUCCUUGACUCCCGUUCCAGGAGAUUGCAACCUUUGGGCCACUGCAUGCUACGACAAAAUCGCACGCGUAUAUGAUAUUAGAACACCUGAAAAACCAGUUACAAAGCUAGAAAUGGACUCCCCAGUUGAACAUGUAUCUAUCUCGUCUUCAGGCUUUAGGCUUAUUACCACAGCAGGAAACCAAGUUAAGGUGUGGGAUAUUUCCUCAGGUUUAAAAUUAGAGUUGACGGUCUCCCCUCACUUGAGGGCUAUCACGAGGUCCUUUCUAUCAGACGACGAUAAUCUUUUGAUCACGUCAUCACUCGAUGGGACAGUUAAAUACAGCGACAUCAAUAAUGGCCUGAAAGUCAGUCAUAUGUAUAGAUUUGAUGGUGAAGUCACUUCAUUUGACUUUAAGUAUAAUAACGUGUUAGCCGUAGGCUUAUCCACAUCAGAUUGGCUGAUACGUUAUAACAACAAACUUGACUCAGGUAACGAUAUUGGAAGUUAUGUGCAGAACGGUUUGGAAACAGUUAGAGUAGACACAGUGAGAGAUAGUGUGGAAGUGAUGGGAUAUAAGCCAAUGAAGCUUGGACUCCUAGACCGCCUAGUUAAGACUUUCCAGUAUAAAGCCGCCAUGGAUUUAGCCCUUACCCUGACGACUGCACAUGUUUACAAUUUAAUUGAGCUCUUGAUUGUAAGAGGGACGCUAUCAACUGCAGUUAAAAACCGGGACGAGAAGUCGAUUUUGCCUUUGCUGAAAUUCGUCUCAACUCAGCUUAACAAGGACAUUAACAACACGAACCUGUUACUGGAGUUUUUAAUCACCAUUUUGGACAACAAUCACUGGCUCAAGGAGUGUACAGACGAGGCUGUUCUUGCCGAGAUGAAGCGGAUUCCUAACAAAAUUAACCUUGAGCUGUACCAACACACAAUUCUUCUAAGGCUCAAAGGUCUCAUUGACCUAAUUAUAUAG